AUGUCGGCCACAGUUACAACUUUUCAGCCCCAUGCAUUGGAAGUUGAAUUGACUCAAAUCCAAUACGAUACAGAGACAGAAAGACGAAAUUCAGCUACCUGCCGGCGACGAGAAGCUUCCGCCAUUCCUCCAGAGUUCUCAUCCUUCACCGAACAAGUGGGAUUCCUCAUGUUUGCGAUCCAUCUUCCAGACAUAUUUGUUAACCAAAUCACCCUCAUCGACGCCCUCGAGACGAGCUCGCUCAACACAUCAUGGCUUAUUGGUUCAUUUCUCGUGGCUAACGGGGUUUCCGUCAUCAUUUCGGGUUCCCCGGCCGAUCUCAUCAGCCCGAAAUUCCUUACCUGUGCGGCCUUCAUCUGGUUUUCCCUAUGGAGUCUUAUUGCCAUGUCUGGCUUGGCGGUUGGGACUCUUUGCUCCGCAGCUAUGAGUAUGCUCGGGAGAGUUUAUGAUCCUGGUCUCCGGAGGAACCGAGUGUUUUCUCUGAUGGACGCCAUGAUUCCACUCGGGUUUUCUAUUGGAGUCAUGCAGGGCGGUGCCGGUCUGUCUCUCGCAUGUCUGGUCGCGGCUCUCUGGUGCAUCCCUGCUCUUCCCGUAGAAGCAUUGUCUUUGAAGGACUUUGACUACGUCGGUGCUGCUGCAAUAAUUCUUGCAUGCGGACUACUUAUCUUUGGUCUCACCCAAGAGUCGCCUACACACUGGACUCCUUACGCCUACGCCCUCGUCAUCGUUGGAGUUGCCUGUCUAGCCAGCUUCGGUCUGAUAGAGAGCCGAGUAUGUCAGCCGCUGAUAGAUAAUCGCCCCUGGACGACUCCCGUAUACUUUCCAUUGAUUCUGUCCUACUUUCUAGGAUAUAACGCUUAUGCAGAGGCCAGGCAAUUCUAUGCGCAAAAGUCACCCAUAAUUGUCGCCUGCUAUCUUCCUCCUAUCGGACACUUGAUCAUGAUGGGGAGCAUGAUUACAUUUGCCACAGGCCCUGCUUUGUUCUUACCUCAACAAGCGGGCACACUCUAUUGGACGCUCUUAUUUCCCUGCUUCAUCAUAAGCACCUUUGGGGCAGAUGUGUCGUUCGCAGCUGUCUCCGUGUUCAUUACAUCGAAUGUGCCCAGAUCGUAUCAAGGUGCUGCAGGGAGUUUGGUUAUCACUGCACAAACUCUUUUCACUGCUGUACUCGCAGCUUUAGGAGAAACUAUUGGUGGAAAUAACACAAGCCAACCAAGUGGCGCCCUGGAUUUGAUGUCACUGCGUUAUAUUUGGUGGUUGAGCCUGGCGACUGCGCUGACAGCGGCUUUCAUAUGUGCUUGCUUCGUUGGAACACCUAGGAGUGACGAGAAGGAGCAUGUAAGCUAA